AUGACGGAGGAGGAACAUAGUCAAGAGAAUAUAUCUUUGACAUCUAUCUCAUCUUCAGCGGCAUCUGCAUCUCCUCGGACUGACCCGCCUAUACCAUUUAGUGAGAAGAACGAAUAUAAGCCCGUAAGUGACAAUACUGUGACAAAUGCAUACUAUCCGGAAGGAGAUGAAAGAAACUUUGCAAAUACCGAGAUUACAGAGCUUCCGCAAGAGAAAAAACCAUUGUGGAGAAAAGCAUACGCAACUAUAUACCCAAACUACAUCUUAAACCAUUUGGACUAUGUAUCGUUCAAAAUUGUGUUUCAAAGUUGGUGCUAUGUGUGGUCGUGCACCAUUUUGACUAUUGUUCCAAUGACAAGCCAUUGGUUGGGAACCGCUGCUUACUUGUUGCUUAUUGUUUCAUUCAUUACUAUACCAGGAGGUGCAUCGAUAAUAACGAACGUGUUGAAUGCUAUGGCUUGGUGUCUCGGAAUGACAAUUGCUCUUGUCCAUCAUGUUGUGCGAUCGAAAAUCCUCAAUGAUCUUCACCACGGAAUCACAGAACAAGAGUUGACGCAACAGCUAAUCCAAGAAGGUACAUGUCAGCUAGGAAACGAACUUGCAGAUUGUGUAAAUGAGGAAAUAUUUAAAGGUCGUUGGCUCACCACAAAGGGUGCUGCUAUCACGAUGCUAUCCAUAAUAUCGUGUACCAUUAUUGUGGGCAACAUGAGACAGAAACUACACCCCUUAUUUUCCCUAACCCAUGUCGGCGGGCAGAUUGCCAACGUCAUAUUCUCGUGCUAUGGACAUUUUUCGCCAUUAUACCAACCUUUAUCAAUUGGCUAUAUGAUAAUGAGACCUGUUGGUAUCUCACUAGUCAUGAAGGUUUUGGCGUCAUGUUUGAUUUUCCCAUCAACCUCGAACUUUAAUUAUAUACAGGGCUCAACAGGACUUUUAGUGGCAUUGAAGGAUGUAUGUUUGAAGCAUACUAAACUUUUCCAUACUAUGCGACCUUCUGUUUCAAAUUUUGCCAACUAUAAGGCAUUGAAGAAGGAUAUUAACGGAAUAAGGGCAAAGAUGGCGCCUUUGGAAAUUGUUGCAUCUACUAUUUGGUUAGAGUAUUCAUAUGGAAGGUUUGAUGUUGGAGAUAUUGGUCAGUUUAGAUCAUUAUUCAAAAAUCUUAUUAAUGCAGUAGCCAGUUACGCUUAUUUUUACCAAUUGUUACAAGAAAGAAUUUUCUUUGCAAGGGAUGACUUUUCAAUAACCCGAAGGAAAUCUGACGCUUCAUCUUUAGCACAUGGUCACGCCAAGUUAUUUAGUGCAAUUCAAGACUCAUACAUGAAAGUUGGAGAAUACGAGUCAAAGAGGAGAAACAAAAUUUUGCGGCAUUGGAUAAUAUAUCAUGGCAAAGGCCACAGAAUAAGUGUUACGGAUAUUGACAACAUUGCCAAGUUUCUUACUGAUCAUUUUGGCCCUCUUUUGGAUGUGUCAAAUUCAGCCAUUGAAGUCAUUAUCGAGUGGGUCAAAUGUGCUAAUGAAUUUCGAAUAUAUGCCUGGAUACCUGGGUCCUGGAAAAAGCAUUGUGAAAAGCAGAAAGAAAUGGCAAUAAAGGUGAAAAAUAAGAAAAAGGAGAUUGAAGAAACUUUGGCCAAAUACGAGGAUACCGAAUAUAUGAAAAAUAUGAUGUUUGACAGCACUAAAUCUGAGGAGUCUUUAUUAUUUUUAAUUAGUCAAGGUGUUUUGUUUCUUCAAACCAACAGGUAUCAAUGCGAUAAGAUAAUCAAAUUACUAGACUUGUUUAUUGAUUUGGAUGAGAGGAGACCAACUCCUAAAUUUAUCACCUAUUUCACUAAAACAAAGUACUCAAAACCAAGGCAUUUGUCGAGUGACUUGGAUGAAACUAUGCCAGAGUAUUUAAAGAGCAGCAUCCAAACAAGAAAUGCAGACAAUCUACCUCCAUCCAACAUUUUUCAGGAAGUAGGUUUUUAUGUGGUCAAAGCCUUCAAUUUUUUCUUGUCGGACACAUUCUGGUUUUGGAUCCGUGCCGGUGGGUUAAUAUGCAUUGGUGCUAUCCCAUAUUUUGUACGAACUACUGCGUAUUGGUAUUAUAACCAGAGAAUGGUAUGGUUGGUAGUUAUGAUUGCGGUUUCAGUUAGUGAAAGCACAGGUCAGACGGUGUAUGUGUUUCUUGCAAAGCUUGUGUAUACUUUUUUUGGUUGUCUUUUGGGUAUGGUUUGUUGGUACAUUUCAUGUGGAAAUGGUGCAGGUAAUUAUUAUGGAUACGGCGCAGUAACAGCUGUGGUUUUCCUAUACCUUAUAUAUUACCGGCACUUUUCGGUUCACCAAACACUUUUGCCCAGGAUUUUGUUUGGAGUCACCACUGUUUUGGUAUUGGGAACAUCCUGGGUAGAUGCCAAGUACAACAAAUCUGCAAAUGUUGGCUACGGAUUUAAACCCGCAUACCUCAGAUUCAUUGGAGUCGUUAUUGGUUUGUGCAUUGGUUCGCUCACGGCGAUUUUGCCGAAACCCAAGUCCUCAAAGGUUACUGUUCGGAAAGUGUUGGGUAGUUCCUUGUUUGAAGUAGGUAACGUUCAUUGCAAUAUUUCCAAGUUUGCAUUGCAACGGCUCGAUAACGCUGAUUUCCACCUUCAUGAAAGACACGAUGUGCUUGUGGCCCGAUUGAGAUAUCUUGAGAUGAGAAUAGCUCGGUUGUCUAAUCUACUCACGCCUUUGAGGUAUGAGUUACCUAUAUGCGGUUAUUGGCCCGAAAGCAAGUACUUACGGUUACAGAGACUUUUGGGAGACACGGUGCAAUUGUAUUUCAUGCUUUUAAGCGCACUCAACAGUUUAGAGGAACCUAAAGUUUGGAUCCCAAUAAUCAUUCAACGUGUGGGGUUAUGUCAUUCAGAGCUCGAUGCUGAGAUAUUUGCACUUAUUCACAUGGCAUCUAAUGCCUUAAAAACCAAGGAGCCAUUGCCCAAAAUAACAGAAGCGAAUGUUUCAGUAAAACACAUGCAGGUAUUGAGACAACAAUGGGGAUUAAACGAGAUUUCAUUAAGUGAACGUUUCUACAAUAAAAAAACCGAUACUCAUACAUCCAUAACUGAACAAUUAGAUCACAGGAGAUUUUUUAGUAGAGAUGGACAGUUGAAUAUUUUUGCAUUACUAGUUUCGCAUAUGAUAUACAAUAGGUUAGAUGAGAUAACGGCACUUGUUAAGGGUUUGGUAGGAGAGGUUUUCGAUUUAGACAAUAAUAUUUUGAAUGAGGAGGAGUUUGAAGAAUUUGAUCAUAAAAGCGAGUACGACGAAGAAGCAGCAUUGAUGAAAUCGGUCUAG